CCGCCGCCCGCCGCCGCCGCCGCCGCCGCCCGGCCUCCGGCUGCCGCUGCUGCCGCUGCUGCUGCUGCUGCUGGCCCGGCCCGCGCCGUGCGCCCCAGGGGAGCCCGGCUCAGCCCUGCCCCGCCCGGCGCCCGAGUCCCCAGGGAUGAGCACCGGGCCCGCACCUGUGGCCUUAACCGAGCCGGCACCUCCGGGGUCCCUGGCCAGCCCCGCUCCCUCGACCCCCGCUUCAGACACCGCCUGGUUUGGCCCCGAGGACGGCGUCUGGGUGGCCAGUGACGAGGCGCCCCUCGAGGAGGAGGACAUGGACAACUUUUUGCCGGACGCCCACUGGCCCGCCUCUCCGCUCCCGUCCCUGCCCGCCGGCCCCCCAGGCCAGCCCCCGGGCCCGGGGGACUCUGUGUUCACACCGGCUCUCCCCGAGACGGCUCUGCGGGACAAGGACGUGGCUGCGGCCUGGCCCAGCCCUGGCCAGUGGCCGGCAACCGCGGCCGAGACGCCCCGGCCUUCCCGCACCACCUCCUGGCCGGCGGCGCAUCCGGCGUCCGAGGGCACCGUGCCAACUCCUGCGGGGGCCUCGGUGCCGUCCCCCACGGCCCCCUACGAGCCCCUGACCGGCAGGACCACGCCCGAGAGCUCGGGGUUCGCACUCAGCUCUGCGGGGAGCCCCCUGGGGGCCGCCUCCUCUCCCGGGCCCCUGCCCUCAGGGGCAAGUGUCACCCCGCGGCUGCUCCCAACCUCCUCUGGGGACGCCGCUCCAGCCGCAAGCGCAGCCACACUCUCCCAGGGGCCCCGGGCCGGCAGUCUGCGUGAGACCCUCUCUUCUGGAACCUUCCCCUCCGGCCCCCUGUCUCCCACGGCCUCCCCCCUCAGCACCGCCUGGGUCUGGUCCCCGACCCCGCCUGCCUUUGUGGACGUGUCGGCCGCGUGGGCCGAGGUCUCACCGCACCCUCUCCUCCCCAGCCGGGCCCACGAGGUGGCGGCACAGUGGCCAGGCCUGGCCGUGCCUUCUGAGCCUGCGGACAUGCCGGGCUCCGUGGACACGCCGGGGCCUGUGGACACGCCGGGCCCCGUGGACACGCCGAGCCCCGUGGACACGCUGAGCCCCGUGGACACGCCGGGCCCUGUGGACACGCCGAGCCCCGUGGACACACUGAGCCCUGUGGACACACCGAGCCCCGUGGACAUGCCAAGCCCCGUGGACACGCUGGGCCCUGUGGACACGCCGGGGCCCGUGGACAUGCCGAGCCCUGUGGACACGUCAAGCCCCGUGGACACGCCGAGCCCUGUGGACACGCUGAGCCCCGUGGACACGCCGGGCCCUGUGGACACGCCGAGCUCUGCCACGGCGGCGGUGACGAUGCUCACGGUGCACAGUCCCUGGACCCGCUGUGCGUCCUGCCCUGGGCUGGCCCCUGGGCCCAGCCCGGCCGCCAGCAUCGCCGAGAAGGACGUGGGCUCAGGGGAUGGGCCCGAGACACCAGCCCCGGCCCCGCCCAGCAGCCGCGGCCCCGCCACACCCAGCCGCAGCGCCGCCGACUUCCCCGACGACGACGACUAUGGCCACGAGGAGGAGCCCCCUGGGUUCAACACGCUCUUCCCCUCCCGGCCCGUCGUGGCCUUUUCCUCCCCGCCCGCGCCCGCGCCCGAGAGCGGCGUCCAGGGCUCCACGGAAGGCGGCCUGCCCCGGGUCCCCACCGUCCACGUGGGCUCGGCCCAGGGCCCCCCGUCCACUCCCGCAUCUCCCAGGUCCUCUGCCGCCGCUGCCACCGCCACCCCGGCCUGGUUUCCAGGCGCCCCCACCACCGCGCCCCCGGGGGCCUGGACAGAGGUGUCGGCUGCUUCCCCGGGCCCGCCCCCCACACACACGGUCACGCCGUGGCCUGCUCUCAGGGACCCAGGCCCCACCACGGCUGAGCCGGGCCCUUCCCGAGAGUCCCUGCUGGACCGUCCAGGCCCCACCCUGCGGGAAACGGGGGGCGCCUGGGAGGCCCCCUCCAGCGCCUUCUCCACCCCGCCGCUGGACCCCGCCAGCCCCGUCCCUGCCUCCUGGACGGUCCUCGCAGCGUCUCCAUCCGAGGCAAGGCGUGCAGCCACCUUCCUGUCCUGGGACACCUCCACCGUGCGGGGGACACCUUUCCUGUCUGACUCGGCCUCCCCGCAGGCCCCUCUGCCCUCCUCGGCCCCUUUCGGGAGCUCCGACCCUCCUCUGCUCUGGCCAAGCUCAGCGCUGGACACGCAGUCCCUCCUCUCCGGGCCCGCCUCGCUGUCCCCUCUCUCCAGCGGCCCCUCUGCCCCUCCCCCAUUUUCCGAGGCGCCCUGGACCGUGUGGUCCCAAGGGGUCUCUCGAACCACGGACCCUGCAGCUCCCUCCAGCCAGACGGUCGCCGAGGCCGCCUCCUGGUUGCAGCAGCUCCCCCCACCCUCUCCGGAGCCGGCUGGCCCUAGCCCGACGCCCUCCAGCCCCGCGCCCACCCGAGACAGUCUAACCGCCGGGACCCUGGACACGCGGCUCUCCUCGCCCGCGCCCUCCCCUCCUGCGGCAGCUGCCUCCCCGCCGCUGUCCCCUCUCUGGUCAGCCCCGGCCCCCUCUGAGGCCAGCCCCUGGGUGCAGGACGCCCGCACUCCCGCCACCUCGUUUCUUUCUGCCGUCGUUCCCGCCACGCUCUGGGUCUCUGCCGGGCCCUCGUUUGUUUCCGAGGCACGCCCCACCCCCCCACCUGCGGAGCCGACGUUUGGGGGGCUGUCGCCCGUGCCCACCCGUGUCGCCUGGAGCAGCUCCGUGGACCCGGGCGUGGCCAGGACCAGCGCCACCCCUGACGUGACCGCCGACCCCACCCCGGACCACAGGCCCAUGGGCGAGGACCCCCGCGGGAGCAUCUCAGCGUCCCCCCUGCCGUCCCUUCGUCCUGUGAGCACCCCCAGUCCUGAAGCCAUGGUUGAUACCCCGGCCCUGCUCACCACCCGGCCACCCUACGUGUGUGACAUCACCGUGCCCGACGCCUACCUGAUCACGACGGUGCUGGCCCGGAGAGCGGUGCAGGAGUACAUCAUCACGUCCAUCAAAGAGGUGCUGCGGGUCCACUUCAACCGAGCCGUGGAGCUCAAGGUUUAUGAACUGUUUGCUGACUUCACUUUUCUGGUAACAUCUGGACCUUUCGUUUACACGGCAAUAUCUGUCAUAAAUGCCCUGAUUAACAGUAAACUUGUCCGUGACCGAACCCCGUUAAUCCUGGCCGUGAAACCUUCUUUCCUGGUCCCAGAGUCCAGGUUCCAAGUUCAAACAGUGCUCCAGUUCGUGCCUCAGAGCGUGGACACCGGCUUCUGCAACUUCACGCAGCGCCUGGAGAAGGGCCUGGUGCUCGCCCUGUGGGAGGUGCGGCGGCACCCGCAGGGCCCUCUGAACCUCACGGUGCAGGUGAGCCCGUGGGGCCCCGCCGGGCUCGGCACCCGUCUGUGUGUAGCUUGGGGGCCACACUGGCAAACAGGCUCUCCGCCAGCCCUGCCCCCUAACCCCACUUCCCUCCAUCGCUUCCUGCAGCCCUAG